CUUCUCUCGCCACCAUCUCCUCCUUCCUUUAUCUUCCGCCACCUCCAUUUCUCUCUCUCCCUUUCUUCUUCUCUCUCGCUCUCUCCAUCUCUCUAAAAGGAAGCGAGGAGGUGCAGACAUGCCUCUGCCAAAAGGCCGGUUGCCGGAGAGCCUAGCCAAAUGGAACCUGAAGUCACCAACUAAAGUUUUCCGGCUACCCAAAUCCGAAUCACCCCCUCGCUCUCCCAAGUCUGUCAUGUCCUUUCAAGAUGUCGUCGAUUCGGAUGACGAGGCCGGCCCUGACGGCCUUUUCUCCUACUUACCCAAGGGCUACCUCGCCGUUUAUGUAGGCGAGGAAGCCAGAAGGUUCAUAAUCCCUGUCAGCUACCUUAGCCACCCUAUCUUCAAGGCCUUACUGAAGAUGGCAGAAGAAGAGUUCGGUUUCUCUAUCAGCGGAGGCAUCAGACUUCCCUGCGAAACCCUUCUCUUCGAGCACAUCUUGUGGUUACUCAGAAACAAUGAUCCCAUGAUCCAAAACCUCGAGAUGGUGGAGGAGCUUUUGAGCUUUUACCAUGAAGAAACCAAAUGCAACUGCUAACUUCGAACCUCUUUCCUUCCUUCUUCCUUUUUUUUUUUCCUUUGCUUUUUAUUUCCUGCGGGUUCUCUCUGCAAAUAUACAAGGGACUCCACAGGUAUUAUAUUUUUUGCUUGUAUGGUCUUUAUGGGAAGGGGCUUGUUUGAGGGGAAAAGGGUGGGUUAUGUACACCAUUUUAUGGUGUUUUCGAGUAUUCUCGUGUUUUCCCACACUUUUUUUCCUAUAUCUUGUAAUCACUAGUGGAAAAAACUUUACUAUUGCUCUUCUAUUGUAGGCUUCUCUUAUCAAGUUUAAUAAAAUCGAAUUUCAGACU